AGCCUCGGUUUCAGUUUCAUAAAUAUGGAGGAAAAAAUGAGUGAAAAUGUAAAUGAAGAGGAAGAAAGUGGUGUUGUUGGGGACAAACCCAAGACUUUAGAAGAUUUUAUUACAGAACAAUACACACAACAGAAGAUGGAUGGGAAGUUAGAUGCAACAGAUGAAUUAGAUGAUGAAAGGACUUCUGAUUUUUUUGCCAGGGCUUUAGCAGAGAGUAGAAGAAUGGGCCGCGAAGUAGCCAAGUCUCAAGAUAAGUUGCAGAAACUUCAUGAUGAGCUUGGAAUCGAUAGAUUCAAUGAAUGGAGAUCGGAACAUGCAUCAGAAGUGCUUGAACCAGAGCAGGCCGAUCGAAUUGCCCAUGCAGGACAGUACUGUGCGCCAACUUAGUCCAUCCAUCACCGUUAAGACGUUUCAAGAUCUACAGUCUGGACAAUCUGAAAUUUGAUUUAGUGUUUUAAAAUUCUACCCUUUGUCCCAAAAACUUGUGGACUUCAAAUUAAUUUUAGUAUUUUCAAAUUCUACAGAUGUGUCCAUUUUUGGACAAGUAAAAAAAAUUAGUAUUUAGUGUUUUCAAAUUCUAUAAUUUAUCCUCUUUGAACAUGAUAAAAAUUAAUUUAGUCAUAAAUUCUAUAAGUGAAAAAUAAAUUUAGUUUUUUAAAAUUCUACAAUCCAUCUUUCCAAAAGUAAAAAAAUUACUUAGUCUUUAAAUACCGUAAAUUUUACAAAUGUGUCCAUCUUUGGACAAGUAAAAAAACAAGUAUUUAGUGUUUUCAAAUUUUAUAAUUUAACCUCUUUGGACAUGAUAAAAAUUAUAUUUUGUCUUUUCAAAUUCUGUAGUAAUAAAGAAGUGAAACAAAUGUAUUUUAAAUACUUUCUGUUGUACAAUAAACAGCUUACAUGUACAUUUACACCAACAUUUACAGUUAAUUUUUAUUUAAUCUAAAAGAUUUUAUCCAAAGACUGGAAAAACCUACCGGUGUAUCCACCAACACUCAGUAAUUUUUAUUUAAUCUAAAAGAUUUUUUCCAAAGACUGGAAAAACCUACCGGUAUAUCCACCAACACUCGGUAAUUUUUAUUUAAUCCAUUAAUUGAAAGGAUGGAAUCCUGUCGCACUUUAUUCCUGGACAUUUACUCAUGCCAGUAUUUGAGUAUUUGUGUGUGAUGAAUAUAUGAUUAUUAUUAUUGUUGUUUUUAACUCACGCUGGAUGUUAUGUAUACACAUGUUAACACUUUAUACCUUGUGCAUUUGUUGAUCACAUUUUACUUUCAUAUUUUCAUGAGAUUAAAUCACUCAUUUCAUA